CCCUUCAAGCUGGAAUAGGUCCCGAGGACUUGGCCACCCUAGUGCUGAUCCAGUGCAAAUCCUUCCACCUCUGAGGACCCUGCUGGGCUCACAGGAGGCAGAAGACCUGGCUAUCCUGCCUGACUGAAGACAAGCUAUUCCCCGUGAACCCAGAAUGAGUGGUGAGCAACAGAGGACAGCCUAUAUCUAGCCAUUCAGGAGAAGAGACGCGGGCAGUGGUCCUGUCUCCUGAAGCACCUGCCACCACAGACUUCUGGCUCCUCACUCCAGAAUGAAUGCUAGCCAGCCCUUCUCAGCGUCUGCCCAUGUCCUGCCUCCUCUUCCCACCCACAGCUCAGCUACUGCCCAGCAGGACCCUAUGAAGCGCCAGAAAGGAACUGAGAGGGUCUACUUACCUUUAACUCCAGCCAAACAAGCACAGCUAUUCCCUGGCUGUGGAGAAGCAGUAAUGCCUUACCUGCACCGGUCUCUGAGGCCCCAGCCACACCCAGCGCCCAGGGAUGCCCGGACUGUCCACUCCUCAGGUCAGAGCUUUGAGGAGCUGAGGCAGGGCUGCCUGCAGUCCAGCACCUUGUUUGAGGAUGCUGACUUCCCUGCCAGCAACAGCUCCCUGUUCUACAGCGAGAGGCCCCAGGUCCCCUUUGUGUGGAAACGGCCAGGGGAAAUUGUGGAAAACCCAGAAUUCAUUCUUGGAGGAGCCACCAGGACUGAUAUCUGUCAAGGGGAACUGGGAGACUGCUGGCUUCUGGCGGCCAUUGCCUCCCUCACCCUCAAUCAGAAAGCACUGGCCAGGGUGGUUCCCCAGGAUCAAGACUUUGGCUCUGGCUAUGCGGGGAUAUUUCACUUCCAGUUCUGGCAGCACAGUGAGUGGCUGGAUGUCGUGAUCGAUGACCGCCUGCCCACCUUCAGGGACCGUCUGGUCUUCCUCCACUCUGCUGACCAUAAUGAGUUCUGGAGUGCACUGCUGGAGAAAGCCUACGCCAAGCUUAAUGGGAGUUAUGAGGCACUAAAGGGGGGCAGCACCAUGGAGGCCAUGGAAGACUUCACUGGGGGUGUGGCCGAGACCUUCCAAAUCAGAGAAGCACCAGAAGACUUCUACGAUAUUCUGGAGAAGGCCUUGCAGCGGGGUUCCUUGCUGGGCUGCUCCAUAGAUAUCCUGAAUGCCUCUGAAUCUGAAGCCCGCACACCUUUUGGUCUCAUUAAGGGUCAUGCCUACACUGUGACUGGACUCGACCAGGUUAACCUCCAAGGCCGGAAAGUCAAGCUCAUCAGAGUCCGAAAUCCUUGGGGCCAGGUGGAGUGGAACGGGCGUUGGAGUGACAGCUCUCUUGAAUGGCGCUCUGUGAACCUGGAGGAGCAGAAGCGCCUGGGUCACUGUGCUCUCGACGAUGGGGAGUUUUGGAUGGCAUUCGAGGACUUCAAGGCUCAUUUUGACAAAGUGGAGAUCUGCAACCUCACACCUGAUGCCCUGGAGGACAAUGCCCUCCACAGGUGGGAGGUGACCGUCCACCAAGGAAGCUGGGUUCGUGGCUCCACAGCUGGUGGCUGCCGCAACUUCCUGGACACUUUCUGGACCAACCCACAGAUAAAGCUGUCCCUGACUGAGAAGGAUGAGGUCCAGGACAGCUGCACUUUCCUAGCAGCCUUGAUGCAGAAAGACCGCAGGAAGCUCAAGAGAUUUGGUGCCAGCAUGCUGACCAUUGGCUAUGCCAUUUACCAGUGCCCAGACAAGGACCAGGACAAGGAUGGACACCUGAGUAGGGACUUUUUCAGGUACAAUGCCUCCCUGGCACGAAGCAAGACGUUCAUCAACUUGAGAGAAGUCUCAGGCCGCUUCCAGCUGCCCCCGGGAGACUAUAUCCUCAUCCCCAGCACCUUUGAGCCACACCAGGAGGCCGACUUCUGCCUGAGAAUCUUCUCUGAGAAGAGAGCAGUUACUCGGGACCUGGAUGAGAACAUAGACAUUGAUCUCCCUGAGCCCCCAAAGCCAACUCCACAGGAGGAGGAAACUGAGGAGGAGCAGCAGUUCCGGGCCCUGUUCCAGAGAAUCGCUGGUGAGGACAUGGAGGUGACAGCCGAGGAGCUUGAGUAUGUUUUAAAUGCUGUUCUGCAAAAGAAAACAGCCCUCAAGUUCAAGAAGCUGAGCCUGCUGUCAUGCAGAAACAUCAUCUCUCUGAUGGAUACAAGCGGCAAUGGAAAGCUGGAGUUUGAAGAGUUCCGGGUAUUCUGGGACAAGCUGAAGCACUGGAUGAGCCUGUUUCUCCAGUUCGAUGUGGACAAGUCUGGUACCAUGUCUUCCUAUGAGCUGCGGACCGCCCUGAAAGCUGCAGGUUUUCAGCUGAGUGGCCAUCUCCUGCAGCUGGUCAUCCUCAGGUACGCAGACGAGAGCCUCCAGCUGGACUUUGAUGACUACCUCAACUGCAUGGUGCGGCUGGAGAAUGCAAGCCGGGUGUUCCAGUCCCUGAGUGUGGAGAACAAGGACUUCAUCCACCUCAACAUAAACGAGUUCAUCAUCUUGACCAUGAACAUCUGAGGAUGCACCGAUGAGAUGCUGUCUGUCCCCCGGUACUCGGCUGCUGGACCAUGAGACUCAGUUCUUAGUGGAGGACCAUCCUGCCCUCUGCUCUCUCCCUGCCUUAUAGCACCCUCCUGCAUUCUCUGGUUCUGGGAUACUUGUUGUAAAAUCAUUCCUCCACAGGAACCAAUGGUACCACUGUCCCCAGUGCAUGUUGCUAGAGGUUGCUAGGUACUCCUCCUUCCACUGCCCCCACCACUGACGGAUCAUUCAGUGUUCCAGUACCGUGCACGGGUCCUGGCUUCAGCAUGCUCCAGUCAUGCCACUAACACACCACACACACACACACACGUUUUUCUUUUUCUUUUUUAAUUCAAGAAGAGGUUAGUAAAGAUGUUCAUCUCAGGUGGAAGAAAUGGAUCCUGCUGAUUCUGAGAGUCUAAAACGCUAUGGAAGGGGCUGGAGAGAUGGUUCAGUAGUUAAGAGCAUUGGCUGUUCUUCCAGAGGUUCUGAGUUCAAUUUCCAGCAGCCACAUGGUGGCUCACAAGCAUCUGCAAUGAGAUCAGGUGCCUUCCUCUGGUGUGCAGGGAUGCAUGCAAGCAGAACACUGUAUGCAUAAUAAACAAAUCUUUAAAAAUAAAUAAAUGCUAUGGAAGAA